AUGGAACCAUCAGAAUAUACAGUUGUUCUUCAUAAACGCUCCGAUCAACAAAGUUUUGGUUUAUAUAUCGGUGAGGAUUAUCCUUUUGGUGUUUAUAUAAUUACAAUAGAACCUCAUUCACCAGCAGCAGAGGCUAAUGUACAUGCAGGUGAUCGUAUUAUUUCUGUCAAUGGACAAAUGGUAUCAAAAAUGUCAACGAAUCCAAAAGAAACGGUAUCAAAUAUAGCAAAAAGAGCUCAACGUUUAACAUUGUCUAUUCAAUCGUCGAAUAUAUAUGAUUUAAUUGAUAAACCAUCAAUGAUUGAUUUUAAUAAUAAUAAAACUACUACUACUACUACUAAUAAUAAUAAUAAUAAUAAAUAUCGAUAUGAUGCACCAACGCAAAGUCAUGGUCUUGAUCAAAAUCUUGAAAACUAUAUUAAAUCACUGUUUUCUGCAGAAAAUUUACAAAUUGUUCGUGCACCCUCAGGGAAUCCCUAUGAAUUUGUAUUACUAUCUGAUCGAAACUCAUUUCAACCUACUCUUCGUAACACAGACCGACACAAUGAAACAAAAGAAAAAAUUCAAACACCAAUAGACCAGAAACCAAAAGAAAAAAUUCAAACACCAAUAGACCAGAAACCAAAAGAAAAAAUUCAAACACCAAUAGACCAGAAACCAAAAGAAAACAUUCAAACACCAACAGACCAGAAACCAAAAGAAAACAUUCAAACACCAAUAGACCAGAAACCACAAGAAAACAUUCAAACACCACCUCAACAGCAAGUUACCCCUAGUAGAGGUUUAUCUAAUUUAAUUCUACGCAAUCCACUAGCAGCAAACGCCAACGAACCUAGUAAUUCUCCAACAACCAAUUCUUUACCAAUUACUCCGCCUAUAAUAAAAAAUCCAGAGCCUGGUCCAGGGGAAACAGCUAAAGUUAAUCGAGUGAGUUUUCUUGGAAAUCAAUCAGGACCAGAAUUUUCUCAACAGCAACAACCCGGGUCAGUGUAUCCUCAACAACAACAACCAAGGACAGUGACACUUAACAGACAAGCAGGACCUACAGAUCCUAGCGAACCAGGACCAGUGUAUCGUCAACAACAACAACCAAGGCCAGUGGCACCUAACAGACAAGCAGGACCUACAGAUCCUAGCGAACAACCACCAUUGACAAAUACUCCAUGGCUACGCGAAAUACAUUUGAAGCGUGCACCGAACUUGAACUCUUUUGGUUUUGAUGUAAAAUAUAAUCAUAUGUACUAUCUUGUUACCGCUAUCGAACCUAAUAGUCCAGCUGCACAAUCUGGCCUUCAAAAAAAUGAUGUUAUACAAAAAGUAAAUAAUCAACCAGUAGAAAACAUGUCUCAUACAACUUUCCUUGAUAUUAUGAGCAUGAACAAAGAAGCUACUUUAUUGGUUCAAAUACUUGAUGAUUAUUUGCUAAGGAAUCCUGCAACACAACGCCCCAUAAGUACUGUAUCAACAACGACUACAAAUGGUGACAAUAAUAAAUCUAAAGGAGAUCAACGAAAAAGUGUUUUAUCUAGAGCAUUGAGCAAGUUUAAGAAUCGUGAAUGA